AUUGUACUGCUGUACCUCAACCACCACACACUGUAUGAUACUGCUGCCGACCUGGACAAGCUCGUUCUUUUUCAUCAGGCGCUCAUUGACCGCAUUUCCCUCCAUCUUCUUCCACCAACACAAGACCAUGACCACGAUCCGACGAUAGCACGUACGAAAUCAUCAUGCCGAUCACCGCGCAGCGCACCAUCGCGGCCAAUGAAGAUGAGGAGCGGAAGGGACUUCUUUUUGUCUUGCUGGAUCUUGUACUUUUACCUUGUCGGACGUUCUUCUCACGGCCAGCUCGCCGAGCAUAUCUCGCUACCUUCCUCUUCGCCUUGACGAGCAUCUUUCUAUUUGGUGCUGCAGUUGUCGCAUACGCCCUCUUCUACUACGCCUAUGUGCCGCGCAUUGGCUUCGAACGGGCGAUCCACCUUCAAUUCGACAAUGUCUAUUCCACCGUAGGCAAUGGACUUGCUUUGGGCAGCACUCGGAACCCACACCCAUACCCUUACGGCAGUGUGAGCCUCGCGCCGGAUCUGGUCAGCGCUCAGGCAUACGACGUUCGCAUCGAGCUCACAAUGCCGCGCACCCCCACAAACAUCGUCACCGGAAAUUUCAUGCUGGAAGUCAACAUGUACGGACCUGGGGCUGAUAAUAGUGUGCCGGGAAGCAAUGGCAACAUAGCAGAAGCACUACGUGCGGACAUCACUCCCGGCAAGGGUGGCUCCUCGUCCUUGUUGGCAUCAUCACGGCGGCAUGCAAUUCUGCCAUAUCGUUCACCAGUCGUGGAAUUCCUCUACAAAGCUACACAGCUGCACUGGUACCUGUUGGGUCUUCGCUCCGAGUCUGGAACCCUGGAUGUUCCCAUUUACGAAUCAGUCUCAUUUCCCCGAGGUCGGGCGAACAUUCCUUCGACAUUGCGCUUGGAAAUUCAAAGCACCCAUCGUUUACAGAUCUAUUCAGCCAAAGUUCACUUCCGCGCCCGGUUCAAGGGCCUGCGUUGGCUCUUGUACAACCACCGGAUUAUCUCGGCCAUCCUUUUCAUUGGCCUUUUCUGGAUCACAGAACUGACCUUUGCCGGUAUCGCAUGGGCCGCCAUUUCCGUGCAGCUAGCGCAGCAGGGCAACGAGAAUUCGCAAGGAGUAGACAAUGCCAUCGAUGCCAUCAAGGAGGAAGAAGAUGAUGAGGAUGCCAAGCAACCGUUGUUAUCCGACACUGAGCGUACGUUCCCGACGCUCAGCGCGCAGCAACCACUCCACUAUGCCAGCUCGGCAUCUAAAGAUCCGUCAGACGUGAUUACCGUGAAACGCGAAGAGGUCGACGAGCCGCUCGUCAUCCCGGACUCCAUGGCUCGCGCUACUGAGGCUGACGACGAGGAUGAGGAAGAGGAUGAUUUCUUCGAUUCUGGUAUCGGCACGAGUCUCGAUUCCGCCGGGCCGGGGCGCAGUGACAGCAUGCGCCGACGACGUGGCCGACUGAUGAGUGGCGCGCGCCGCGAUGAGAAGGAUCGCUUCUGAGGUCGCAGACAGACCUGAUUCCCUUCUCACUGUUCUUUAACGGCCUUUUAUAUCAUUGAAUUCUUAUCAUAUUCUGCGCGUUCAAUGAUGAGCCAUUUCCUGUGAUUCAUAUUUAUUUUCAUCCAUAUCUCUGCUUGGCCAGACCUCGCAGCAUCUCCAUAGUCUUUGCCUCUUUCUGCCGAUGUUCGGACAAUCUCUCCUCCCGCUCGGCUGCCCUCGCACGCAAGAUCUCCUCCUUUCGAAUCUCACGUUCGUUCUUACGCUUCGACUGGACCUUCAACUGCGCCUUGUAGGAGUCCCCGCCAUCGUCACCCAACAAGUCGGCAUCGUUGACCUCUUCCACGCCGCCCGGCGCCUUCGCAUCUGCGAAUUCCCGCGUCACCGCGCUCUUCUCGCGCUUCUUCUCCAGCUGUCUUUCGCGCGUGCCAGGCGCAGCGCGAGGCGCAAGCUCUU